AUGCUGAUUGUCAUUUUGGUUGGCGGAACUCUGCUUUUCUGUAUCUACUAUCCUCGCGUUUCGGAAGUCAGUCGUUUCAAGGCUAUUGACUGGCUUGAUGAGAAAUUAACCGGAGAAUCGGCACCAUUCGAAAACAGUACCGUAAUCGAUGAUUUUCAUAUUCUAGCGGUAUACGCCGCUAUGCAUUUUAAAGAUCGUCUGAGCCAUCCGCUGUUACUGAAAUUGCUGAUUCUGCUCUGUGUCAUUCUUUGGACCGUUGGAAACAUUAUAUUUGUCUAUUUCAUGUGUAUCUGCAAAGAAAAACGCCCUAAGCGACCAUACGAUACUCCUCUAUAUAGAAGCACAGAAUAUGAUGACCCUUGGACUUCCUACCCAGUGGUUCCUACCCUUGGAUUAGAUUAUGAAAUCCCAGAAGCGGCCCCUAGAAACAGAAAUACAGAAGUCUCAAUUGCUUUCGAUGAAUCGAAGUCUGGAAUCCCGGCAAACCACGAAUUCACCUAUCUCAAGAUGAAUCACUGGGCGAAGGCAAAGGACACAGUGAUUCCAAUCGAAGAAGAGGAAGAACAGGACUAUCAAUCAAUCCAUUCCCAUCAAACGGUGACUGUUGGUCCAAGCACAUCGAUUGCAGAUCACCAGGAUCCACAAAAUUACGGAAGAGUUGUUUUCUUUUUUUAG